AUGGGUCUCGGCGUCCUCGAAGACCACCAUCUCCAGCAUGUGCCCGGCACCGCGCUGUUGGCAGAUGUCGUUGGAGAUUCGCACGAGCGUCAAUAUCACGGUCGCAACACAUCUGCCCUCAAGCAUGCUAAAGGUCGCAAUUCCGACAUUGUCCUCGUCCCGCAACCCUCAGAGUCCCCACGCGAUCCUUUGCUCUGGCCUCAGUGGAAGAAGGAGCUUUUGCUUCUGAUCAUCUCGCUCGACACCGCCGUCGUCGGCGCCUGGGGUCCCAUGAUCUCUCCCGGUUUCGCCAUCAUGGCCAAGCAGUUCGACAUGUCGUACAACUCGCUCAACGGCGGCCUAGGCUGGGCGAUCUUCGCCAUCGGAAUAUCGUGCUUCGUGACGAACGGGCUGGCGGUCAAGUACGGACGACGCCCGGUCAUUAUACUGGGCAAUCUGAUGCUGUUUAUCAGCAGCGUGUGGGCGUACCACGCGCAUAGUUAUGAGAGCUUGCUUGCGAGUCGCAUCUUUGGAGCCAUUGGGAUGAGUCCGUUUGAAGUGUUGACCACAGCCAUCAUUGGCGAUAUAUAUUAUGUGCACGAGAGAGGAUUGAGGCUGGCAUUCUGGGGGUUGUGCUUGUCUGUCGGUGUGGGAGGAGGGAGUUGCAUAUCGGGGUAUAUCAUCGACGUGCGUUUCGCCCUUUUCGUAUACAAGUUCGAAGGUUGGUUGACUGACUGGCGACAGAACCUCGGCUGGAACUGGACGUACGGGAUCUGCGCAUGCUUCUAUGGCGUAUUCAUCCUGCUCAUCUUCGUUUUCGUACCAGAGACGGUAUACAAGCGCGAUCCAGCGUACAAUCUUGAUCUCGGAACGACGGACCACACUGAGCAGAUGCUCGAUGCUACCGAAGCUCGCGAGGCCAGAUCCAACGCGGUAGGAGAAGAGCCGAAAGACGUCUCGCUGCAUCAGACAGAGCGCGUAGUGGCCGUUGAACCGAUCUAUACAGGCGCAGAUGAGAAGCCGUAUACAUUCUGGGAAGAGCUUAUCCCAGUCCGUGGCGUAGAAAGCGACGAGAACUUGCUAGCCAUCAUCUUCCGUCCUUUUGGGAUGCUGCUGUUCCCGCAAGUCUUCUAUGGCUUCAUCACGUAUGGGCUGUCCACGUCCUGGUUGGUCGUCAUGGGUGGUGUCCUCGCGCAGAUCUUCAGUGCGCCGCCGUACAAUUUCAGUGUUACUGCGGUUGGCUUGGUCAGCAUAGCGCCGCUCGUUGCGUCUCUUCUCAGUUUCGUGGCUGGACCUGCGAACGACUACACCGUCAAGCAGCUAGCGCGGUGGAACGGAGGCAUCUAUGAGCCGGAAUUCAGAUUGGCGUUGAACGUGCUGACGCUGGUGCUGGGCGUGACGGGCUUCUUUGGGUUUGGCGCAACAUUGCAAGAUGGCAGCGGGUCUUGGGGUGGGCCGGUGUUCCUGUACGGCCUAAUCUACUUCUCGAUGGCCUUUCUGAAUGUCGGGAUCUACGGAUACAUUACAGAAUGUCACCGCUCAAAGGCUCCAGAGGCCUUCGCUGCGCUCAAUCUGAGGAACAUCUACUCGUUCGGGAUGAACUACUUCAUCAGUUCGUGGAUCUCCAGCAUGGGGCCGUUGCAGGUGUUCUCGACCAUUGGCGGUUUGCACAUCUUUAUCAUGUUGCUAACAAUCCCAAUGUGGGUCUUCGGGAAGAGAUGCCGCUCGUUGACGGCACGGGUGCCUUUUUUCAAGGCGAUCACGCAGUCAGGAUAA